AUGUCUGCCACAGAGAAUCAAGAACAUUCAUAUCAUCGGACCCGUAUUGCAGGACGUGAAGAACCAAAAGAGAUCACAUGUAUCGAAGACUUACCAAAGAAAUAUCCAAGUUGGAUUAAGGUCAAUAAUUUUAAAACGAUUUUCCCUCCACUCACUACAUUAAAUGUUACAAUAAAUCCUGUUGUCAUUAAAUAUUUUAAAAGACAAACCUUCUUCACACGAUUAAAAGCCAACUUCAAAGGCUAUGAGAUUUUAGUCUUGUCCGAUUUAUUACGAUUUAACAGAUUCUACAAAUUAAAUGAUGAUGACAUUACGCUUUUAGGAAAAGUAGGAAUGAAACUAUUUCUUGAAGAUUAUUCAUUAGGUGCAUUUGAAGAAAUUCACUAUUAUCGAGCUAAUAGAAAAUCAUUUAUACUUGAUGGGAUUAUUUUAGAUUAUGCAAAAUUACAUAACGCGAACAAUGAAGUAAUUAAUUCAAUUCAAGAACUUGCAAAUGGAAUUAAAUAUUCAGAUGAUUUCGAAUUUAGUGAUAGAUGGCUUCCAAAAAACAAUUAUCUCUAUUCUCCAUUUAUUAACUACAAAACAGGAGAAUAUACUCCAACUACCACUUAUUCUCUUGAAGAACUCGGACUUGAAGAACUCCAUGUUGUCGACUGCCAUUGGUCAAAGCAAACGAGCUAA